AUUUAGUUCUGUAAAAACGGUAAUACUAAUCAGCUGAUAGAUCCAAGUGUUUGUUUUUCGGGCAGCCCAAUGAAACUUUAAAUGGAUGCAAAAUGUCCGAAAAGAAGCGAUUUGUGUGCGUUAAUUGUGGACACAGAGUAAAAGAACUGUUCAAGAAAUACAGCAAUACUAUGAAAACCACGCAAUGCGACAACUGUCACCAAAUCACGGAUAAAUACAUUGAGUUCGAGGAGUUUAUCAUAUUAAUAGAUGCACUGCUAUUAGAUUCGUGCGCCUUCCGGCACAUUAUAUACAAUGGCGACUUUAAGGUGACGAGCUCUACUGGAAGGUUUCGCUGGUGGUGCUGCUCCUGGAAUCCUUUGCGCUGUGCCGCCAAAAACUGCCCGACCCUCCGAAUGCCUCUUUGCAUGUCCACGAAAAGGGCUUUUACACAUAUACCCUUCAAAACAUGGGAGAUUACAUGUUCAUGACUCUAUUGCUGCUAAUAAUCACCGCCACUCUGAGUAUUGAUUGGAUGCAGAAAAUAGGCUUUCGAAAUUUUUCUUUAAUUAUACUCAAAGUGGUGCUGAUAUCCAACCUGUCCAAGUUCUUCCUUCUGCCCAUUUUGGUGUGGCGAAAUAACACGACCGUUUUUGGCCGGAACUUGCACCAUCUUCUGGUCAUGGGACAUCACCUCUGCUCCCUGGUCCUCGCCUACCAGGCAGUCGGAGCCACUAGGAAGAACCUUCGAUGGUGGGCUCUAACUUUGGUUGUUAUAGCUUUCGCCUUCAAGGAAACCGCGAGGCAGUUUGUAUCACUAGUGGUGGAGGACAAUUGAUUAUAGAAGGCUGAAAAUAGUAAACCAAAAUUUUAUUUAACAAAAAUAUAACUCUUCAAAGACAGCACUUUGCUCUGAAAUAUGUGACAUGACCUAAAAUAAAAAAGCAAGCUAGUUUUUUACUC